UAAUACGUAAGUUCUACACGGAUAAUGACUGGGAAUUUGACCUCCGAAAUAUUAUCGUAGUGCCGGCAGUAAUAUAAAUAGUUGAUACAAACUGCAGUAAAUCAGUUGCAACUCGAAGUCGAGCAAUACACACCUAUCACAAUGGCUGCGAAGUUCGUCGUUGUAGCUCUCUUGGUGGCGGCCGCCCAUGGCAGCGCGAUCCACGGCGGUAACUACAACAGCUUCUCCUACGGAGUGUCGGACCCCCAUACCGGCGACGUGAAGAGUCAGCACGAGACCCGCGUGGGCGACAGCGUGAUCGGUCAGUACUCGCUGCUGGAUUCCGACGGCACGAAGCGCACCGUCGACUACGCCGCUGAUGCCCACUCCGGAUUCAACGCUGUCGUGCGCAAGGACCCUCUGCUGCACGCCGCUCCCGUCGCCAUCGCCCACGCCGCUCCUCUGGCCGUCGCUGCUCACGCCGCUCCCCUGGCGUACGCCGCCCACGCCGCUCCUCUCGCUCACUCCGCCUACUCUACCCAUAUCGCCCAUGCCGCUCCCCUGGCUCACAUCGCCCACGCUGCCCCCGUUGCCCACACCGCCUACGCCGCCCCCAUUGCCCACACCGCCUACGCCGCUCCCAUCGCCCAUGGCGCCAUCGGCUACGGUGCCCAUGGUCUCGGUCUUGGUUACGCCGGUCAUGGACUCGGUCUCAGCCAUGGUCUUGGAUACGGUCAUGGACUCGCUUGGUGAAUGUAGUAUAUGUGGUUAGUUAAUGAAGAACGGCUGUGUUGACAAAUAAAAAGAAAUGUUUAAUUUAAA